CACAUGCGCAGUAGAAGAAAAUAAUUUCCUCCAGCUCACUCUUGUUUGCAAAUUAUUUUAGAUUUUUCAAUUUUAAAAAUAUUUGGCUGUCGUAAUGAAGUGAUAAUUACAGAGAUCACAUAGGGAAAGAAGAUGUCUUUAUUUAAGGCACGGGACUGGUGGUCAACAACAGUUGGUGAAGAGGAAGAAUUUGACCAAGGAUGUCUGUGUGUUGCUAACAUAGACAACAGUCCAAAUGAACUAGAUAAAAUUGUAAUUGGUAGUUACCAUGGUAUUUUGAGAAUAUUCAAUCCAAAACCAAGCAAAGUUGAAGGUGGUUGGAGUGGAUUUAAACCAGAGGAUGUGCUUCUUGAGUCCUCUCUGCAGGCUCCAAUACUUCAAAUUGAGGCAGGAAAAUUUGUUUCUGGCUCAGAAAAAACACACCUUGCAAUACUACAUCCUAGAAAGCUGGCAGUUUAUAAUGUAGCAGAAAUGUCAGGAGCAGUUGAACAUGGUACACAAUACCAGAUGACCCUUGCGUAUGAACACAAACUGCAGAGAACAGCAUACAACUUUACAUUUGGACCUUUUGGGCAGGUUAAAGGCAAGGAUUUUUUAUGUGUGCAAUCUAUGGAUGGUACAGUAUCAGUAUUUGAACAGGAAAGUUUUGCCUUUACAAGAUUCUUGCCUGGUGCGUUACUGCCUGGACCAAUUAAAUAUAUUCCUAGGUUAGACAGUUUUGUAACAGUAUCAUCGUCAUGGCAACUAGAAUGUUACAAAUACCAAGUGUUGGCUGUAGCCACUGAGGCAAAGUCAAGAGAGGAGUCACAAAAUAUCAAGUCAGGAAAGAGGGUCACGUAUGACUGGUGUUUUAAUCUGGGAGAACAGGCGUUGGAUAUUUCUGUGAUAUCAUUUCCUACAGCACCACCGUCUAUACUUGUUGCAGGAGAGAGAAACUUAUUUUGUCUGACAGAGUCGGGACAGUUGAGGUACAUGAAGAAAUUUGAGUACGAUGUCAGUUGUUUUACUCCUUAUAACUCAAUAACAGAGGGAACUAUCAACUAUUUGAUAGGAUCACACACACAGACGUUACUGGUGUAUCAGGAUAUAUCACUGAAGUGGGCAGCUAAAGUUGAUAGUAUUCCUAUCAUGGUGCGAGUUGGCAACUUUCAGGAUUUGAAAGGAGUUAUAGUUACUCUUAGUGACUCUGGGAGGUUAGAAUGCUCAUACUUGGGGACAGAUCCGGCCCUUUUUGUACCACCACCAGUAGAAGCUAGAGAGUUAAAUUAUGGAGAUAUGGACAGGGAGAUGGCUCAGUUACAAAAGAUGAUCAAAGAGAAACAAGCAAAUGCAGCAAUUAUGCCCAAUUUGUCUCGCAAGGAAGAAGAUCUAACAAUCAAUGUUCAUGUUGCACCAAGUCUAGAUGAUGUCUCUAUGGCAACAGGUGUUGAAAUAGAUGGAGAACAAGUUCCCUCUAUCACUGUUAGGAUCCAGUUGAAGUCGCGUUUACUCCUAGAAAAUAUAAAAUUAUCAAUUCAUGUGGAAUGGCCAUUAGCAGCCAAUCUGAACUCCUUCAAUAUAACUGCAGUAGAUCCUAACCAACCGUCAGAGUCUUUCUGUGCAUUUUUCAUUCGAGGAAAAGCCUUGCCCUCAGACCUUUCAGCUGAGGUGUCAGCAAAGUACAUCAGUACUACAGGUGCUGUAAGAGUUGCGUCUGCUCACAUCAAGCUUCCACUGAAGCUGAUCGUCAGGCCUGUUUUACCUGUGAAAAAUGCCGUCCAUAAAAUAACCCUUGAUACUAAUAAACCGCCUGUAAGCCUCAAUGAUAUAUUCCCAGAUUUACUAGGAGAGAAUGCUGGAGGUCAGGGGGCAGCGUUAGGUUUCCAGUAUUUUGGUGGACCUGUAGUGACAGUACUCGCUUCAAAAACUUCAAAUCGAUACCGCUUGCAAUGUGACUUGUUUGAAGGUCUGUGGUAUGUGGCGAGAGAUCUUGCCUCUAGACUCAACAACCACUUCAACAAGGGUACCAUUGGAGGAUUCAGUCUAUAUUUCAGUGGUCAAGUACCCCUGAAUGAUUACUUUGACAUCAUUGAAAACCACUUUGAGCACAGGGUAAAUGCAGAAGGUUGCAAGGAAAUGUUGUCACAAAGAGCAUCACAGUUCCGUGCAAUUCAGCGCAGACUUCUGACCAGGUUCAAAGACAAAACGCCUGCACCGUUACAGAACCUUGACACAUUAUUAGAAGGGACGUACAGACAAUUGAUACACCUUGCAGAGACUAUACAGGAGAAUGAUUUGGCUCUUGAAGUAGCCUCAAACGCUUUAAGCUGUGCUACAAACUUAUUUAAUUUUAUACUCAAAUUGUGGACUAAUAUGUCAGAUGAAGAGUAUGGUGUAUUAAAGUCCAGUAUUACACCUUUGGUUGUGGACACCCAUGAUGCUGGCUGGGAAGAGACCGUUGACGCAUCAGUGACACAUCUUCUCAGAACAACGCUCGCCAAGUCAGCCAAGGAUCAGACUCUCAACCCACAACCUCUUAAACUACCAGAGGAUACCAGUAAAGUGAAGAAACAUAUAGCUCUGCUCUGUGAUAAACUUAGUAAAGGUGCCAGGCUUGUCGAUGGUCUACCUGUUAAUUUGAAUGUGUCUCAAGGGGGACAACCCAACAAAGGGGAAAAGAAAAACAAGGUCUCCUCAACACGUAAGACUGUGAUAGAAAACGGUGAUAUGGAACACCAUGACAACGAUGAUACAGAGACUCUGAUUGGCUCUCAGUUCAGUAGGGCAAGGUCACAUGACAAGGAUAAUAUUAAUAUGAAUGGAUUACCAAGUUUAGCAAGUCUCGGUGCACCGCAGAAAAAUGAACCAGAUGGAAUAUAUGAAUCUAAGAAGAAGCAGGUAAUUGACUCUAUGGUACCAGACCUGGAGGAGAUGAACUUUGAGGGACCAAACUUACUGCCUAUAGAGGAUGAGGAAGAUUGAUCAACUUGGUAGUUAAAUGUGUGAAAUGUAUGGGUGCCAAACAGGGACCAUGACCAUCUUUUCUUCUUGUUUCUGUAAAAGGAACCUGACUGUCUCCCAUCAGAAUUUGAACUGGUUAUAGGAGGAGACUGGUUUAAUGAAUGAAAGAACCUUUUUAUUAGAAAACCAGACUGGUGAUGUAUAACAACAGAAAACAAAGUGGUUUAUUGUAAAACAGAAAUAUACAAACAUUGGGCCAGAGUUUUACUUUUUGUCAAUAGAGGAAUUUAAAAAUGAUAAAGACGCAUGAAGUCUUUUUUGGAAAGUGUUAUUCAAGUGGAAGUGGCCUUGUUUUAUGAAAUCCUCAACAUAGCAAUGUCCAGAUUGUCAAUGAAAAGUGUAUUUAGGUGAUUUAUUCUAUUUUGGUACAGGUGAUUUCCAUUUGUUGUUAGUUCUCCAAGAAGAAUCACUUGUAGAGGUUUGAUUUAACUGACUUUCACAUCUGAUUAUUAAUUACAAGAGCUGUUUGUUUUUGCUUUAUAUGAACAGAGCUGUAUAAAUAUGUUUUCUGUGUGAUCAAAGAAACCACUUAAAUUAAUGCUCAUGUUUAAUCACAAGUGACCUUCUGUCCUUACAUCUCGAUGUUGAACUUUUGUCCUUACAUCUCAGUGUUGAACUUCUGUCCUUACAUCUCAAUGUUGACAUUCUGUCCUUACAUCUCAGUGUUGAACUUCUGUCCUUACAUCUCAGUGUUGACAUUCUGUCCUUACAUCUCAGUGUUGACAUUCUGUCCUUACAUCUCAAUGUUGACAUUCUGUCCUUACAUCUCAGUGUUGAACUUCUGUCCUUACAUCUCAGUGUUGACAUUCUGUCCUUACAUCUCGAUGUUGACCUUCUGUCCUUACAUCUCAGUGUUGAACUUCUGUCCUUACAUCUCAGUGUUGACAUUCUGUCCUUACAUCUCGAUGUUGACCUUCUGUCCUUACAUCUCAGUGUUGAACUUCUGUCCUUACAUCUCAGUGUUGAACUUCUGUCCUUACAUCUCGAUGUUGAACUUCUGUCCUUACAUCUCAGUGUUGAACUUCUGUCCUUACAUCUCAAUGUUGACAUUCUGUCCUUACAUCU